AUGACCAGCAGAACGGAGGAACAAGGACAACAGAUAAAGAAAAAUAUAUUUGUGAAUGAAAACAUGCUUUGCAAUGGAAGUGAGUGUGCAGAUUACCAAACGGAUCAGGAAGUAAAAAAUUCGACUGCCGCUGUGACAGACUGCGCUGUAAAUUCAAACAAAGAAGCACAUAUAGUUGUCGCAACCAAAAAACCCGCAGAUAACGCAAGAGUGUAUGACAGAAAACAUGCAUGCACAUACUGCGGGGAGUUGUGCUCAAAGAUUGCAAGGCAUCUAACCACAAGACACAAGGAUGAAGCGGAUGUCGUAUCGGCGUUGACCUACACAAAAAAUUCGGUUAACCGAAAAAAGGCUUUAACGAAGCUUCGUCUACAGGGUGAUUAUCAUCACAAUAUGAAUACCCUGGAGACAGGUGAAGGCGAACUCAUCAUCGUCAGACGGCCAGGACAGGAUGAGAAGAAAUGCGACAUUCACGACUUCCUUCCUUGUGAGUUUUGUUUGGGUUUCUUUCGAAAGUGGGACUUGUGGAAACACCACGCAUCUUGCGAAUACAAAUCCGAUGUUGCAGUAACGAACGAACGCAAGCAUCAGGUGCAGCAAACCGCGAAACUGUUGAUUGCCCCCACGUUAACCGGCAGUGAUAAUAUUACUUUAAACAAAAUAUUGUCUGCCAUGAAUCGCGGCGAAAUCGCGGAUAUUGUAAGGAAGGACGAGCUUAUAAAGUCUUUCGGAAUAAUGCUGUUAGAGAAAGAUGGGGAAAGGGAUUGCCAAUUUGUAUCCCAAAAGAUGAGAGAACUGGGUCGUUUGGUGAAGCAUCUGAUGGUCGAGGAAAAGAAUUCAGCGGUUCAGUUAUGCGACUACAUAAAGCCGGAAAAAUUCGACACGAUUGUAAAAGCCGUUAAGGAGACGUCUGGAUUUAUGGCAGGUAACGGUCAGCUUGACGUUAAUAUCCCGUCGCUCGCAUUGAAGCUCGGUUAUUCCAUCAAAAAAUGCGCCUCUCUCCUACAUAACCAAGCGUUACGUGCGAGGAACGCAGACCAAGUAAAGGACAUAAAGAGCUUCCUGAAAAUCAUGUCAACAGAGUGGGAAUAUAAGAUUUCCCAUCACUCCAUUUCAACGCUGAAAGAAAGGAAGUACAAUAAGGUCCAAGUCCUUCCUCUGGCGGAGGAUAUAGCGAAACUGCGGAAGUUCCUUGACGAAGAAAUCGCGAGUGAAACAAGUCAACUGGAAGAAUUGCCGAUAGCAAAAAACUGGACCUCUCUUGCAAAGCUGCUUUUGGCAAGGAUUGUGAUGCUGAAUAAACGAAGAGGCGGCGAAGCAUCCAAGUUAUUACUGAAGUCGUACGAUGAGAUACCGGAAUGGACCAAAUGCGCGACUUCAGAGAUCUUAUCGAGCUUAAGUCCAUUGGAGAAGCGGCUAUCGGAGCGGCUAAAUAUGGUUGAAACCCGAGGCAAACGAGGCAGAAAAGUUCCAAUAAUUCUGACACCAGAAAUUACAAAGGGUAUAGAGCUGCUUAAUUCUCUUCGCUCCAAGGUGGGAGUAAACAAAGAAAACAGAUACGUAUUUGCGAGAGUAAAUAGAGAUUCGUUGGAGCCACUGAGAGGAUGGGACUGUCUCAGACAAUGUGCCCUUGAAUGCCAGCCAGAACUUCAAAAUCCUGAUGUGAUAACCAGCACCAAACUGCGAAAAUACAUCGCAACGAUUACACAGGUUUUAUCGCUGGAAGAAAAGGAAAUGGACUGGCUUGCACGACACCUGGGGCAUGAUAUUCGCACACAUCGCGAAUAUUAUCGGCUCCACGAGUCAACUAUUGAAAUUGCAAAGAUAAGCAAGCUGUUAUUGGCAGUAGAUAGUGGGAAGGCCAGUUCGUUGAAGGGCAAGUCAUUGGAUGAAAUAUCGAUUGACGACAUAUCUGAGCCAGAACUAACUGAUGAUGAACGAGGUGAUGACGACGGGGAAACAAGUUUGGCUCAAGAGGAAACAAAGAAACGCAAUGCUUUUGAAGCAAAAAGCAAAGCGACAAAAUCAAAGAAGCCAAAACUUCAAAAGGAAACAGACGGAGAGUGGCUACCAGAGGUGAAAGAAUGUGAUUUCGACCAGGAUUUCCUUGGUUUUCUUCCAUAUUUCAAAACCAACAUGGCAUUCGGUGAUCACAGAAAAAUAAAGCCUAUUACGCCGACCUGUCGCCGACUUAUUGUCUUGAUUCGUCGAGGGAGAAAAUAA